CGUUACCUGAUGAACAAGUCUUUUCCACGCAUGUGUGUGUAGUCCAGGUGCCACUGCCUGAGGCCGGUUACUGAGUGAGUCAAGGCUGAACGAGCUAGAUGAUAUUUAAUGCCUAUCCAUACUGUUAUCGACCGCUCCAGUUGGACCACUCCAGGGUUGAUCCACGUGUCCCCUGUAUUUGGCUGAUGGCUUUUUUCGAGUUUGAAGCAGAAGUUGAUGUGCUAAUUCUCAUAUAACUCGACACCCACUAACCUCUCAGCUCUAAUCACACCCGGCACCACACCCAAUCCCUCCCAUCCUCCAGCUAUUCACUCUAUGGCAAACGUAAAUAUAUUAUACGUCAGAGAAAAACACAACAAAACUUAAACGUGAACUAAUUGUCUACUCAAAGUUAACCACAAUUCCUCCCAAAUUAUACUUAAAAGCAUACCAGUAUAUACUUAUAAAGUAUAACGGUAUAGCAACAUGCAUUGAAAUAGUACAAUUAAACAGAUACUAGUACUAAAUUUAUAUUAGUGUACUUAGCACAUAAACUAUAUUUGGGGAUUAAACUUGAAGUUUACUGAUAAAACCAACUUUAAAUGUAGUUUUUGUUAAAAACGAAUUUCAUGCACUUUAUUUCUCUUUUCUCCAAAAGCUAAAAAAAUGAAAACCAAACCUUUUCAUUGUCUCCUGCUGCCUGUCCUUCUGCUCUUCUGUUUUGGAGGAGUAUUCUACACGUACUACAAGCCAAUCAUCUCUAAUGCUCAAGUCUCCACUGAAGAGUGCCUCAAUAUAGUGAGAAAUACAUUUAUCCAGACCAUAAACCAAACCAGCAAUCUUAAUAUUCCACUCAAUCAGCAACCACUGGUGACCAAACCAGCUGUCAUGGAAGAAAACCAGGAACAUCAUGCCAAUGACAUCAUCAUGUUAAUGUGGUCAUGGCCAUUUUCAGUUGUGUUUAAUGGAACCACCUGUAGUUCACAGUUUGGGAUUAAAGGAUGUCAAAUUACAGAUGACAGAAGCCAGUAUGACGAAGCCCAUGGUGUUAUGUUUCAUCACAGAGAUAUCAGUGGUGAGCUCACAAACUUGCACAACAUGCCACGCCAUCCACAUCAAAAGUGGGUGUGGUUGAACAUGGAGUCCCCUAGUAAUGCACAAAAAUUGCCUGGGCUUGAUGGCUUGUUCAAUCUGACAUCAAAUUAUCGGAGAGAUUCGGAUGUCUGGGUGCCUGUUGGAAAAGUUGUAGAAAUACCCGAAAAGGACAAAACCUUUGAAAUACCACCCAAAGACAAACUAGUCUGCUGGAUCGUCAGUAACUGGAACCCCAACUUUGAGAGGGUGAAAUAUUUCAAUGAACUGAGCAAACACAUCAAAAUAGAGGCUUACGGCAGCGCCUUUAACAGGCGCAUUAACAAAGAGGAUUAUAUUAAGACUGUAACAGCCUGUAAAUUUUACCUAGGGUUUGAAAACUCUGUCCAUAAAGACUACUUCACGGAGAAGGUGUUUAAACCUCUAAUGUUUGGCACGGUCCCUGUGGUUCUCGGUACAUCCAGGGAGAACUAUGAGCAGUUUAUACCAGCAGAUUUAUUCAUUCAUGUAGACGAUUUCAAAUCUCCCCAGGAACUGGCAGAACAUCUCACAUUCCUGGACAAGAACCUGAAGGUGUAUGAGCAGUACUUCAACUGGAGAAGACACUUCAUAGCUACACAUUCAGUUUUUGCUAUAGAACAAACAUGCAGAAGUUGUGAAUAUAUAAGGAACUAUAAGGGCUACCAAGUUUUUAAAGAUCUCACUAAAUGGUAUUGGGGUUAA